CCACCAAGCUGCUAGCUGGAGGGCGAGUCACCACAUCUUUGAAUGUGACCGACGUAUUUUCAUGGAUUUAAUGUUAGCCCGUGAAGACAUUUGGCCAGCGACUGUUAAGAGACAUUGUCGACCAGUCUCUCUGGUUGUGUCCAUUACGCAGCUGGCUUCAGUGCUAGCAAGGACGGGCUAUGCUUCACUGGCUCAACUGUUUACACGUUAGCUGCAGGUAAUGCUAGCUAACAUUUCGUUGUAUUAACGCUAGCUAGCGCAGACUGCAUCGCCUUUUUACAGUCCGUGGUCUCACCUUAACUAGCUGGAAGUUGAUCUGUGUUGGUGAACUCGUACUGUGCACGCUGGCUGUCUGCAGAUCACCGCAUUGCGAGUCACCACUAUAUAUAACGGUAGCGUUAGCUUACAAGGUAAGCAAAGCAAGUUGUCUCGGCACCAUAGCCUCUCUAUUGAGCCUGGUUAAAAACGACACACAGGUUGACUGCCAAGUGAUGUUUAAGCACAAAGAGAUUGGGGUUUAAGGGGAAAUUGCACCGGUAGACUAAUUUGGACAUGGCGUAACGUUAGCUACUUAGCAUGGCAACAUCUCAUGGCAGUUCAUGGAUGCCACGGCAGAGGACUGUACAGUGGUAGCCGCAUCGUCCCGCAACUGCCCGUGGAGGCCAACCAUAGAAGAAAGCAACGGUGUCAGUCAGUUGUUAACAUUGAAACAAAAUCACUGAAACAAAGGAAAAUGGAGUCUGUUCGGAGUGCUUUCCACGCUCAGCUGGCCACCGUCAUGGACUCGCUGCUGGCAGCCGCUGUGUGCGAGAUUGCCAAGAUCUUCGAGGGCAGCUUGUGUGAACAGCAGGCGGAGCUAGCGCAGAAAACAGAGGAGAUCUCCGUCCUCCGAGGCAAGCUGGAGAAGGUCGAGAGGAGGCAGAGGGCGAAGGGUGGAGGGAGCGAGGAAGGGGAGAUGUCAUCAGUCGACAGAGAGGGCAACUUGAGGCAGCAGACCCUGUCAGGAUCAGGACUGAGUGUGGGAAAGGAUGGGUCUUCUCAUUCGGACUCAGUCGAAGGAGUCAGUCAGAGCCUCAGCGGGCUGAAAGAGGAGGUCACAGGCCAGGAUGGGACUUCAGUAAAACAUGAGCGUGUUGCAUCACGUUCUGCUCUGGGGUCUGUCACAGUCCAAGCCCCAGAGGGAAGCCUUGCUGCUGUGGACCAGAGGCAGAUCGAUACCCUGUCUGCCACACAUGCCAAGGCCAAAUUGUCUCAGUGGGAUCAGGGCAGCCGCAGCACUGACAUCAGACCCCACCAGGAUCAAGCCUCCACCCCUUUUCUCUCCAUUUCCCAGAGUGGGCGUUGCUCACCCAGGCCUGACCCAAGCCUAGCACAACCAGGGGAGUGGUUACCGGGGUUGGACACCACACGAGGUGGGGUGUCCGGUUUGGAGAACCUGCAGGCAGAUGGCACCAGCUGCUCCGGUCCAGCGAGCAGCAGCACUGGCACAGACGCAUCCUGCUUCCGACCAGGUUUUGGCUCUGACGAGACCAGCAACGAAGAUGAUGAUAACACUUUCCCUUUCCUGGACCAGGAGCCUGAGAACCACAAUUCCAAUCAGAACUCAGGGCCGAGCCAGGGCGUGGGGCAGAGGGGGGCUCGGCAGGUUCAACCCCAAGCCCCCUCUGGCGAAUCAUCUUGGAGACCCAGAGAUGACAGGGGCGGUCGAGGCUCCAUCAAUCACGCUCGGCGGGUCACGACUUUUGGCAACAGAGACCCUCUUCGACCACAGUCCAACUCACAGUCGCUCACGCUACGACACACGAACACUCUCAGCCACCCUGCAGCUCCUGGUGGAGGGAACGGACGACCUUACACCUGCCCAUACUGUACCAAGUGUUUUACCUACCCCUCCCACCAGCGCAGACACCUGUUACGCCACACCGGAGUCAGACUCCAUCCCUGUCAGUUUUGUGACAAGAGCUUCCUCACUCCCUCUGAGCUGACUGUGCACACUCGCACACAUACAGGGGAGCGGCCUUUUGGCUGCGCUCAGUGUGGCAAACGUUUUGCCCGCAGCGGGAACUUGAGAGCCCACCAACGGGACGUUCACAUGGGGAAGAGGCCCUUUGCUUGCACAGAGUGUGGGAAGAGGUUUGCCCACAGGGGGAACCUGAGAGUGCACAAUCACAGAGUCCAUCAAGGAGAUCCCUACUACAUGGAUGAUCAGCAGGAGCCUGACAUGGGCCCUAAUCCUGUCUGAUAAGAUUUAAAAUAUGAUGAAUCUGCACUUUAAUUUUGUUUUGCAAAAUAAAUCCCCGGAUUUAUUGUUUCAAGAUUUCCUGUUGUGUCCCACAGAAAGUUAUUGCUGAACACUCAAGUAUUUAAUAUUUGGGGGGGGUGUUUUGUUUUGUUUUGUUUUUUUCAAAUUUAGCGUGGGCAACCAUAGAAUUAACCAUUAUAAAAUUGAAUUAUAUGUAAUUAAUAAUGUACAGGGUCAAAGUAAAUUUUAUUUGAGUGUCUUAUUUUUAUUUUGAAAUAUUCAAUGUCAGAGUUGUGGGUCACACUGAAAGGGAGAGCUUUGUGUUUAACUGUAUUGUAAACGACCAGAUAUAAUCAUCUUUGGAUUAGAAAUAUUGGCUGUUGCUGUAAAGAAAAUAAUUUUACUUCAGGGUGACACUAUCUUCCAAUGACGUUUCCCUGUCAGUGAAAAGUCAUUGAUCAGAUCUUAGUACAUUUUCAUUACUUAAAAGUGAAAGUACUUCAAAGUAAUGUUUUUCAUAAAGCCAAUGAAGAAAGUCUAGUUGGUAUUAGAUUUAGACAUGUGGCAUGCAGAGGUAGGAUAGCAUGUCUCUUCCUUCAUAAUUGUGCUUACGUACUGCUCAUCUCCUCAAACCGUGUUUUUAAAGAAGAACUGUGAUUUCAUUUUCAUCCUGUUUUUGCAAACUGAAAUUAAAUAAUAUACUCGUGC